GCUUUGCCACCUGACCGUCUCUGGUGCUGGUCAGCGGAGCAGGGCCUAGCAGGGUGCGUCAGGGUGAGAGCCCAACAGGAGCAAGACCUCGAUGCCUGGAGACUUUCUUUGCCAGCGUCAGUCUGUAUGCAAUGACCAUGCCACGUGUACUUAUCGCCAGGGAAAUUGCCGGGGAAGUUGCCAGGGAAUGGCGCUCUGGUGGUUGGGAGUUGUGCCCAGACUGAAUUCAAAGAGUGCAUUGAAUGUGGUGCUGUUGACUAUGGACUAAAAAUAGGCACAUUUCACAUGACCUGCGUAGUGUUAUUUGAAGAGAGCACUACCCAUGACUGGGCAAAAUGCUGCAAGUUGGCGCUAUUAAACCACCGUGAGGCGCUUGCACAUGCAUUGGCCGAGCUACCUCUUGCUGCUGCAGCAACUGUUCAGCUCGCUGCAACCGCCAACGCGGACGUGUCGUCCCUGGUCCAGCUAGCUCUCCAGCAAUGGGAUGCCCAGGGUCGUGGCCUGCCGUCUCUGCUGGGCUUUGGCAGCGGCUCAGCCAGUCCUUCGCGCGCUGCAAACAGCUCUCCGUCGGGCCAGCGAAGACACUCCCCGGAAGCGCCUGUGCCCCGUCAUCUCGACACCCACGAAGAGACACGGGCGCUCGCGAUCAAUGAUGCUAGGCCUUCAACGCCUGGUGGCGGUGGCAGUUGUAGCAGCGAUGGAGCGUGCAGCAGCAGCGGCAACGGCAUCAGGCGCAGCAGUGGCGGCAGCGGCACUACUGGCGUCCUGCCGCUUUAUGUCACGGCGGGCCGUGCCGCGGCGGCCCGAUCAGACCAUGCUGCCGGUGUGGGUGCAGGGGCCACAGAAAUCACUGCGGCGAGAUUGAAUCCAGAGGCGAGCAGCCUGGGAGACAGGGCUGGGUAUGGACCGGCGGGCACAGGGCUGCAGGAGGAGGCGUCCCUAGGUUCGCUGGGGGAUUACCUGUGGGACUCCUCAGCAGCAGUGGCAGCGGCAGGGGCAGCGGUAAGCACCAAGCCCGUUGCAAUAGCCGCGGCAGGUGGAGGUGCUGGAGGGGUGGUGGUCUCGGCGGAGCGCGCGGCGGCCUCUGACGGCGGCUCCGGGCCGCCGUCCCCGGCCGCCUUCUUCCACUCCGCCGGCUCCUCCGCCGCCUCGCCGACCAGCUCUCGCAGGAGCAGCUUUGCGGCUGAGGGUGCUUGCGGCUAUGCUGGGACUGGUGCUGAGGCUGGUGCUGGUGACAGUGCCGAUGGCAAAGCUGCAGUGGGCUGGAGCCCGCCGAGCUCGCACUUACAGCCACUAGGUGGGCGGUCAGAGGGCGGCAGCGCGGCGGCGGCGCUGCAGACAGACGGGAGCGCCGGCGGUGGCUGGGGGCCACACAGCUCGGACCGGCGGCGGCGGCGGCGCCUCAGUCAGCUGUCAUCACAGCUGUCGGCCUUGUGUCUGGAGCAGGAGGCGGCGGGCAGGGCGGUGCCGGCAGCGGAGGUGCCUGCAACGGAAGGCGCUGGCGGCAGCAGUUCGGGAGAGCUGCAUCAUACCAGUAGCAGCUGUGCCACCUCGGGGCUGGUGAUUUUGGUUCAUGCGGUGGAGGCGGUGUCAGCAGGAGGGGCCCGGGCGUCGCCUGCGCUGGACCCGGCAGUAUCGCAGCCGUCGCCUGGAGGUGUGGCAGUAAAGAAGCCGGUGCCGGCGGGGGCCGCUGUGGAGGAGUGCACGAGCGCGAGUUGGGGACCGGAGGGAGGAAGCGUCACGGCUGCCCAGGAAGAGGAGGAGGAGGAGGGCGCGGACGCCGGGGGUGUCGGGAGUGCAGCAGCGGAGACCCCCGGAGAUAUCAUAAAGCAGCAGCAACAGCAGCAGCCACGUUCACAGCAGAGGGAACGGUCUCAGGCCCUGCAAACGGCGCCUCAGCAGUCAAGGGCGCAGGCACAGGCGCAGGCUCCGGGUCUGGGUUUGUUCGACGUGCUCCGCACGCUGCCCCCGCAGACGGUGUGGGAGCACUUGCUGCGGCGGCUGGGUACACACGAGUGGAGCGCCCUGAGGCUACUGUCCCGGGAGUGGGAUGCUCAGAUCCGUGGCACGUGGUGUGACACGCUGCAACUAGUGCUGGGGCCGCACUGCCUGGCGGGGCUGCGGCGGCGGCUGGAGGCAGGACCCGAGCACUCGCUCGCGACUCGCUUCGCCGCCGCGCGCGGACUGCUGCUGCACCACCGCCGCAUCGAGCGCCUCAUCAUGCCCAACACCUCCACCUUUGGCAGCAGCGGGCUGUUGGAGAUGCCGCCAGUGGUGGUGGACGACGCGCCGCCGCUGGCGCAGGCGCUGCAGCUGGCGGUGGCGCCGCUGGGCCGGCGGCUGAGAAGGCUGCACGUGACCAGCGAGCCCGGCCCCGUGACGGAUUUGGACCUGGAUCUGCUGACUGUGAUGGCGCCCGAGCUGCAGGAGCUGGUGGUGCGCUUCGACGUGCACGAGACGCCCGCCCCCGAGCUGCAGGGGCUGUCACAGCUGAGCGACCUGCGCCGCCUGGCUCUGCAGCUGAGCAGUGCCAAACUCAACUACGACCCAGCGCCGGAGCGGCUGGUGCGCUCGCUGCAGGGCCUCACCGGGCUGCGGGCGCUGUCUCUGGACCUGACGGCUGCGGAGCUGCCGCUGCCGGGCCGGCAGCUGGCGGGACUGACCAGCCUGCGCCUGGCGGUGGUGUGGCGCGGCUACAGCGCGUCGCAGGGAGGCGGGCAGAGCGAGCAGCUCCGCGGCCUGGUGUCUGCUCUGGCUCAGCUCACAGCUCUCAAGGCGCUGGCGGUGCCGGACGGAUACCGCGGAGCCGACGGCGACCUGCUGCGCGCGGCUGCGCCCGUGCUGCCCAGCCUCACGGCUCUGCACCUGCCGCGGCUGUCCGCCACCCGGCCCGAGCUGCAGGCGCUGGAGCGGCUUCCCAUGCUGCAGCACGUGACCCUGGGCUCCGUGGACGUGGCGCCUGAUGAGGACUAUGAGGGCCUGGACCUGCCGUACGGCGGUUACGGCGGCGCUUACGGCGGUUACGGCAGCUGCCGGCGCGGUAGUGGUGGGCGCGGCACGGUGGCGUCAUCGGCCGGUGGCACCACCACGUCCACAGUUCAGAGGUCGUCUCCGAGUCACACGGCUCUGGACGCUGGUGGCAGCGGCCUAGCCGGCGGCGGAAUGAGCUUGGGAGCGGUCUUGGACGGCGCAUCCACGGCACCCGGCCCGCCGGUCACCUUCCUGCGCCCACGGCCGCUGGACCCCUGGUCCUCUGGUGGCGGAGGCGGCGGUGGAGGGAUUGAUGAUGGCGACCCUUGGGCUGCCGGGCCUUUCGGCGCCGCCGCCUCGCCUCGCUCCCGGCCCUUGGACGGCUCACUACCACCCACCCCUGGCUCUGCCGGCGGCAGCGGUGCCGGUGGCCGGAAUGGCAGUCGGGACGGCGGCGGUGCGGGUGCCGGGGGAGGGGACGAGGGAGGAGAUGGGCAGGAGGAUGGGCGGCCGGGCGUGUUGCGCGGCAUGGGCAGCUGGCGGGCGCUGGUGCUGUGCGGCGAGCAGCGCAUGGAGGCGUUGGUGGCGGCGGGGCCGCUGCCGCCACAGCUGGCGGAGCUGCGGGUGGAGCAGCUGAGGUGGCCCAAGGGCUCCCGGGCGGAUGCGCUGACGGGCCGGGGGCUGGCCAACCUGCGUGCCCUGUGCGGCGACCUCGGCCGCCUCCGCCCCGCCGCCUGCAUUCACCUGGGUUUGGAGGCCUUGCCUGGCGCCGCCACCGCACCCUACGACCCACAGCCGCCGCAGGGCUGGCAGUCGUCGUCGGGCUCUGGCGGCGCCGCCGCUGCGAGUGCGGUGGAGCCAGGGGCGGCUGCAGGCGCUGGAAGCGGUGCGGGAGGCGGAGGAGGAGGAGGAGGAGGAGGAGGAGGCGGAGGAGACGGAGGAGGAGGAGACGGAGGUGGAGGCGGAGGAGCGCGUGCCGGAGCCGGAGGCAGCAGUACCAUGGAGGCAGCGUUCGGGCUCAGCGGCGUGACGGCGGUGGUGCACGCGGCGUGCGCGGCGCUGGGGCGUGUGCGUGGCCUGCAGUCGCUGCGGUGGGGCGGCCUGGCCGCGCUGCUGGCGCACCUGCACCCGGCGGCCAUGGAGCGAGCUCUGGCGCAGCUGCAGCACGUCCGGGACCUGGAGCUGGCGGGUGGGCUCAGUGGCGCGCCGCCAGCCGCCAGCCCCACCCUGCUCCUGCAGCUGGCGGCGGCGCUGGCGGCACUGCCUGCACUGCGGCGGCUGCGGCUCAGUGCAGCAGCACCCAACACAGAUGCGCUCGUUCAGGGGCUGCCAGGUCUGCUGGUGGCGCUGCGGCGGCCGCUGCGGCUGGAGGCGGCCUUCCUCAGCCACAGCGACGCCGCGCAGCUGAGGCAGCUGCUGGACAGGCUGGCGGAGGUGCGGCAGGGGCAGCAGGAGAGGCAGGGGCUGCAGGCGCAUGAGGGGAAUCAGGGGCAGCCAGUGCGGUCGGUGGCGCAGCAGUUGACGCCACAUGAGGAGGAGGGGAGGGAGGAUCAGGCUGGGGCAUCUUCGCGGUCGGCGGCAGCAGAGGGCUCUGUGAUGGGCUGCAGCAGCGGAGGAGCACAGCGGUGGCAGGACGUGCGGGCCGGAGUGGGUGAGGGUGCCACUGUGGUUGUGUGGGAGGAGGAGGCGUGCAUGUCAGGUGCAGGGGCUACGGGGUUAGGGGCGGUUGGUCUCGGCGGCGGCGGCGGCAGCGGUCUGGCUGGGCUGAUGGCGCGGGAGAUGCGGAACUGCCAUGGCGGUUGGGCGGUGGGCGGCGGGCUGUGGUGGGGAGGCGGCGAUGGAGAGGAGGACUGAGACUGGUGAGAUUGAGAGGGGAUGACUGCCAGGACCGUUUGAGUCCUCCCCAGGACGAGUAUUCACAAGUUACGAGACAAGUGUUCCCCGGUCACGGGAAAAGGGGCUGAGCCCCUCCACAGUCUGAGGCCGAACAACCUCAUCGCCCGGACAUACGGUAGCCGGGGUCGGUUUCCACAGGCACAUAGCCGAACCAGGUGCCUAUCUAGCAGUCGCGA